GGAAUUGGGAUUGACGUGGGUAUAAAAGGGCUGUCUACUCGUCAUCUUGUCGAGAAUGAAGGAUGCGUUACACUCCCUUCCGGUCAAGCGAAAAUCAGAAUACAAAACCCUAACUUCGCCAAUUGCUUGAGCUUGGCAUUCUUUUCAAUCUAAUUCAUAAUUCUGUAAUCAAUCGAGAGUAAGAAUGGGGGAUGCUUAUUGGAGAUACGGCGACGGCAGGCAGCAGCCGGCGACGCUUCCUCAGGUGGCCAAGCGACCCCGUUCGGACUUUGAGAUGCCGAGCGCCCAUGACGUGCCCAGUUACUAUGCUCGUGAGGAGGAUAGGGCAGGACCCCGUAUCAUUAGAGAUACUGAAUCUGUCAAUGCAUCAUAUGAACGCUACUUGCGCAGCUCGCAGAUUUCAUCAUAUGGCGGUGAAGCUGGAAGAUCUUUGAGUGGUGGACAUCAUCAGGUAGAUGAUCCACGGGGCAUAGCAAUUGGGGGAUCAGACCCAGCAAUGCCUGCAAAACCCCGCUCCAUUGGAAUGGGAGGACGGCCUGAAGUUCCACUCCCUCCUGAUGCUAGCAGCACGUUGUUUGUGGAGGGUUUGCCAGCGAAUUGCACCCGCAGAGAGGUUUCUCAUAUAUUUCGCCCUUUUGUGGGCUAUAAGGAAGUAAGGCUCGUGACUAAGGAGUCGAGACAUCCUGGGGGUGAUCCACUGGUGCUUUGCUUUGUUGAUUUUGAGAGUCCAGCUCACGCGGCCACAGCAAUGGAUGCUCUACAAGGUUACAAAUUUGACGAGCACGACCGUGAUUCAGCGCACUUAAGGCUCCAAUUCGCUCGUUACCCUGGUGCAAGGUCGGGGGGUGGGCAUCGUGGGAAACGUUGAGAUUGUGAUUUGACAGAAAAUGAGAGGAUGCAUCAUUCCUGAAGCUGACCAUAGCACAAGACAUCCUCCCUUUUGCCUUGCAUUUGUCGUGAUCACCGAUUUGUUCAGUUCUGAAAAUAGAUAAUAUGCUAUUGCUGUUUCUGCCUUAACUGUCCUCAAGCUGUCGCACUAUUCUGGUUUUUUAGUGCCUUCUCGUAUUUAUAAGAAGUCAUAGGCACACUGCUUCUAUCGGAUAUUUUGCUGAUGUAGAAAAAGGAAAGAGCAUAUGGAAUCAGAAAUUUCAGCUGGAAAUGAUAGAAUGACUGGGCCACCUGCAGAGGUCAAUUAUGGAUAAUUCUUCACCAUUAGCGAUGCCCAUGGUUGGCUCUUUCGUCAGUUUUAUAGCAAUUGAAACUUGCAUCUGUAUAUCCGUACAGCUUUGGGUGGUGGAUUAAAAUGCGUAAAAGGUGGCCAACUGUUAUCCCAGCUGAGCUUGAACGUUAAAAAAGAAUCUAGCUUAGGUUCUGAAUAGUCUAGUAUUAGUUAGGGUCUAAGUAUGGCAAGCGUUAAUGCUCUGUAAGCUUUACAAAUUUUAAUGGAAGCAACAUAUGUCCUGUGAGAAAAGUGACCUGGUGAGAAACAAUCAUGAAAUUUAAUUUGUUUUCACUUGAUGGCCUAGCUGGAAAUCAUCAAUACAAGCUACACCAAGCAAAACUAAUUUCAGAUAUUUAUAUACGUAUGGAGUUUACUUACCAUUGUUUCAAGUGCAUUUUGGAUAACUAGAUGUCCCAUGCUAAAAAAGAAGUACUUUUGAAUGUCUGAGGAGGUGAAUAGUCCAGUACUAGUUUGGGAUUGCUUGUAGUGCAUGGUUAUUGCCUUUGUGAUGUGGGUUUUUUCUUGUACAUUGCGACCAGACCUGGACCUAGUAAACUUCUGCUCAAGGUCUUUAUGAUAGUUUAUUUUCCAGUGCAUUCUCAUUGCCUCUGCAUAUAUGCAAAGUAUGUUACUUGCUUAGUUAUAGAGGAUUUUGAUUAUGGUUUUUUUAACUGUGGCCUGUGAGCACAAGUUCACCUAGUUGAUUUCUCUUUUGAAAGGCCUUAUUCGAAGUUAUAUUGCUUGUAGUACAGUGUUAUUGCACCUAUAUAUGUGGAGCCUCCCAUUUGGUUGGACAUAUGUUUUCAUGUUUAAUUGUGGCAAAAUUGAUGUAUCCAUCCCCAAUGCUUCCACUAGAGGAAGCAUAGUGAAAUCUGUUAUUGACUCUUUAGAAGAGAAAGCAGAUUAGUAGGGAAG